CCAACAUUUUUCUGGAACAGCAAAUGUCAGGAUCACGUCGGCGAACAAACCAACAAGUGCCACCACAGGAUUUUGAUUGGGAAUUGACAAGUGAACCGAAUGUUGUCAAUGCAACUUUAAAUCUUACGACAGAACAAGUACUAGUAUCUUCUGUGGAAAAGCCAAAAGCACGUACAAGGGGAAACAAGUUUGAUUUUCGACAAAAAGCAUCCCAAGAUCACCUUUGGACUUUGAAUAAUGAGGCUAGUUGGAACUCUGUUGAACCGACAUGGGGAACAGAAGCAUAUGGACAGUCCUCCACUUCUAAAUACAGUUACCGUGAUAACGACAUUAAUAUAGACAAUUACAAUGUAACCUCUGAACCAUUGAUCACAACUUCGUUCAAGUUAAACACGGAUAUUGCUGGUGAUGAACCUAUUUUUGCUCCAGUUACUGACUUUACGCUAUUUCGACAUAAACCUGUUAUUCCUUUGGCUGAUGAUGUUUUAUAUCCGUCUACUUAUUACAAUGAACUUGAAGAACGACAAGAUGGCUUCUUACCCAACGUUCCUGUCAAUUGUGUCAAUGGUCCAUAUCAAUCUGUUGAUCAUUAUCUAGCUACUCAUUUUGAACUGAUGCGUCAAGAUAGUCUUAUUCCUUUACAGAAAGCAGUCCAAGGUUAUCGAUCUACGCUCUCUCUUGAUAAACAUACAGAUCUCUUUGGUGAUCUACCUACUUCUGAUCCUCCAGUUCAUCAUCCUCAAAACUAUCGAAUUUAUGAACGAGUACAAUUGAACGCGCUUGUAUAUGGAUCUCGUCAAAUACUAUAUCGUAUUAGCUUCCGUCUUCCUUACACUGUGCGUAUAUCAUGGCCAACAUCCAAACGUCUGAUUGAAGGUUCGAUAGUGCUUUUAUCCAAAGAUAAUUUUGAAAAGGAUCUCAAGAUUGCAACUGUAGUCCAAAGAGGGGAGGAACCAAUGAAAGGCUCAAGUCGAUUUGAAUAUAUGAUUGAUAUUUGUUUGGAAAGGGAUAACGAUGAAGAUCCUCUUGGUUUUGGUGAUCCAACUUCUACAGAUCAAGAUACUUAUGUUAUGCUGGAGGCCACUGAAGGUUAUUUUGAAGCUUACCGUCAUAUUCUUAACGUGAUGAAGGAGAUACCUGUGGACGAUUUACCUUUCAAGCCUUACUUGGUUGAUGUUGACAAGGACGUCCGUAUACCAUAUUAUGCAUCCAUCAAACGUUAUUAUGAUUUGGAUACUUCGACAAAGAAUAAAAGAUUAGGGAAAUUGAAACCUGUGGAUAUUAUGGGUACUUGGCCACCAUACGAUAUUGGCAUGGACAAGACUCAAGUGGAUGCUUUACAAACCAUAUUAUCAAACGAUCUUGCCAUCAUUCAAGGCCCACCUGGUACUGGUAAAACUUUUGUUGGUACUUAUGCUAUGAAGGUUCUUCUAAGUAAUUUAGACAAUGUUGCUGGACCUAUAGUUUGUAUUUGUCAAACAAAUCAUGCUUUGGAUCAAUUUUUGGAACAUAUUUUCAAUUUUGAAGACCGUAUCGUUCGUGUGGGGGGGAGAUCAAAAUCUGAAUUACUCAAGGACAACCUGAUCUAUGAAUUACGCAAGACUGAAUUGAAUACUCGCGGUGCAGGUCGACUUUACCGAAAAAGGGAUGAAAUUGGCAAACGUAUUGAUACAUUGAUCAUGGAAUUAUAUGAAGAACCAUGCGUGACAUUGGAAUUUUUGACAAGGCACAAAUUACUACGACCUCGACAAUUGGAUAGUUUAAAACGUAUGGGUGAACGAGAAGACAAAAGAAACAAAUCGUCUUCAAAAAAGAAUACUUUGGACAACGACGAUGAUGAUGCAUGGGUUGUUACACCACAACCAGCAACAGCGCCAUUAUCCAAUAGUCGAAACGGUGAGAAAAAGUUUGGAAAAGGGAAACGACAAGGAAACACAACGAAUUCUCUUGAUUGGAUGCAAGGCAACCCAAAUCAUUUUCCUCAGGAAGAAGAGAAACCUAUCAAUCCAGUGGAAAUAUGGCUUCGUGAUGCUAUCGAAUAUAUCAAUGAACAGGGUGUCAUGUUUUCUUAUGCUGAUGAAUUGAAGGAUGCUUUACUGGAACAACAAAAAGGAUUAGUAUUUGAAAACGAUGAUGAACAAGAUUACAUUGAUGAAGAUGAAGUUCAAGAACUAGCAGCAAACUACCGGGAUGAAGAUCUACGUGGAAACAAGAAUAAUCGGUUCAUCAAUAUUGGGCGGGCCUAUAAAAAGGAAUCAAAUGAUAAUGUGACAUCCGUGAAAGAUCUUUUCUUUGGAAAUGCAAUGGCUGGAGGAAUGAACAAUAAAACGAACGAUCGCAAAGUCAUCAAUUACAAGAAAACAGAAAGCGCAAAAUUGGAACGUGAAUUUACAACAGACUUUAGCUUUUUUGAUGAUAAAGAAGAACGGAUGAAUGAUGAUGAUAUUGACAUGACGGAAAAACAUCAAGUGCUGGAACGAUGGAUGAAGGAUGAUGAUGUGACUCUAUGGCCUCUUACUGUUCGAUUGAAGGCACACAAGAAAUGGGCAAACUUACGCAAUCAAUCGAUGGAAAAAGAAAUUAUAGCUUUGGUACGACAAUACAAUCAAGUCAGUGCAGAAAUCCGACGGAUCAAUGUUUUGAAUGAUGCUCAGAUAUGUCGUGCAAAUCGUGUUGUUGGAAUGACCAGUACAGCAGCGGCAAAGUAUCAUGAUUUGUUAGAAGAAAUCAAACCAUCCAUUAUGGUAGUAGAAGAAGCAGCCGAAAUGUUGGAAUCACACAUAGUAACAGCACUGGUUUCUUCUUUACAACAUCUGAUCCUGAUCGGUGAUCACCAACAACUUCGACCAAGUACUGCUGUCCAUGCUUUAUCGGAGCAACACCAUUUGAAUGUAUCUCUAUUUGAACGAUUAGUAAACAAUGAACUACCUUAUACACGACUAUCUCACCAAAGACGUAUGCGACCUGAGAUUCGUACGUUGAUUGAUCCAAUUUAUAGCAAUCCUCCACUUCAUGAUCAUGUUGAUGUUAGCAAAUAUCCUUCAGUCCGUGGUAUGCAACGAAAUGUGUAUUUUUUGGCUCAUGAAGAAUUGGAAGAAAGUAUGGUGGAUACAGCAUCGAAAACUAAUCUUCAUGAGGCGUCCAUGGCAGCAAAGCUCAGUUGGUAUUUGUUAAUGCAAGGUUAUAAUCCACAAGAUAUUACAAUCAUUACUAUGUAUGCUGGUCAACGCUCAAUCAUCAAGAAACAAUUACAAGCUGAGCGACGUGUUGAUUGUGACACCUCGGCAAUCCAUGUAAGCAGUGUGGAUGGAUAUCAAGGUGAAGAAAACAAGAUUAUUAUUCUAUCUUUGGUCCGAAGCAAUAUGCAAGGACAAAUUGGAUUCUUGAAAGUGGCAAAUCGUGUAUGCGUUGGUUUAUCCCGAGCAAAACAUGGUAUGUAUAUUCUCGGUAAUGCCAAAUUGUUAUGUGAAAAGAGUGACCUUUGGAAUGAAAUUGUAUCCAAGAUGGAAGAUGGGAAUGAUGAUGUGAUUGGUACUCAACUUGGAUUGAAAUGUGAUAUCCAUAAUGUGGUGACUCGUGUUCGAUGGCCUGUUGAUUUUACUGAAGUCAAAGAGGGUGGAUGCAGCAGACCAUGUGGAACCGUACUUGAUUGUGGCCACCAGUGUCCUUUACGAUGCCAUGCUUAUGAACAUGAUGAAGUUCGUUGUACUGAAAAAUGUAGAAAAUUAUUUACCGAAUGUGGACAUCAAUGUACCAGAUUAUGCUCUCAAGACUGUGGAUCAUGUAUUACUCCUAUACAUCGUAAACUUCAAUGUGGCCAUACCAUACAAGGAGAUUGUUACAAGAUUAGACGGGAAAUCAAGGCAAAUGGCGGAAAAUGCAGUGAUUGUUCUCGUCUUUGAUGAUGUUACAGUUUUAGAUUAGAUUAUUGGAGUAUUUUUGAUAGAUAGCAUAGUUUGAAUUAUUGAAAUAAAAAAAAAAAGUUAACAGAACAAA